UGUCUCCACCGGUCUGUCUGUCUGUUCACUGGUUCAUCGUUAAACAAGACUGCUUUUUCCGCCAUUGACGAACCUCACAGCUAUAGCUCAUCGGCUCACCUUGCAUGCUCGUCACCUCUCUCCUUCUGCUACCUCCCUGCCGAUAUCAACAAGCCCAUUUUUUCUCCAAGAAGAGGACGACCAGGGAACUGUCUCCACCUCCGAGAGUCGUCGUCCUCGAGAUGAAGGACCGACCACCGCCGUCCAACGGCGGCGUCUACGUCCCGCCCCACCAGCGCCUCCGUUCCGUCGUCACCGUCCCUAAUUACUCCUCCCCAGCUGCUGCCGUGCCCCCUGUCCACACUAUAUCCCGCGCCACCAGAUACGACGCCGUGCUGAACCCUAGACACUCUCCUCAGCAACAGGACAACCCGCAGAAGCAGCAGCAGCAGCCGCAGCAACAGUCCCAGCUCAACACGAGGGAGUAUGAAUGCUCCUCCGAGGACGGUUACGAUCCUGAGCCCGACUGGUCGUUGCCUCCUGGAGCAUUGCCCAUGGAUAAUGUUGAUGAGUGGAAACGGAAGUUAGCCAUGCUUUUACGCAGUAAAGACAAACAAGAAUUGAUCUCGAGAGAGAAAAAGGAUAAGCGUGAUUUUGAGCAAAUAGCAGCUUUGGCGAGCAAGAUGGGGUUGUAUAGUCAAGUUUAUUCAAAAGUGGUGGUCUUCAGCAAGGUUCCUUUGCCUAACUACCGAUUUGAUUUGGAUGAUAAGCGUCCGCAGAGGGAGGUGAGCUUACCUCUUGGUCUUCUUAGAAAAGUUGAAGCCCAUAUAGAAGAUUACCUCUCUCACAAGCCUAGAUUCAACGAAACAUUUGGGAACUCAUUUUCAAGAUCCAGCAGCAGUGGUAGCAUUGCUACUGACGAAGGGCUUUUUGAGCAACCGGAACCACUUGCCUCCAGCAGAUCCAUGAUGGAGAAAAUUCUUAAGCGAAGAAGUUUACAGUUGAGAGAGCAACAGCAAGCCUGGCAGGAAUCUCUGCAAGGUAAAAAGAUGUUAGAAUUUCGCAGAAGUCUCCCUGCUUAUAAAGAGAGAGAUGCGUUACUGACUGCCAUUUCACAGAAUCAGGUUAUUAUCAUAUCAGGUCAAACUGGCUGUGGCAAGACCACACAGAUUCCUCAGUAUAUUUUGGAGUCGGAGAUAGAUUCUGGUAAUGGAGCUCUUUGUAAUAUCAUAUGUACACAACCACGGAGAAUAUCUGCCAUCUCUGUCUCUGAAAGAGUUGCUUCUGAGAGGGGAGAGAAAUUGGGUGAAUCUGUUGGAUAUAAAGUUCGUCUGGAGGGAGUGAAGGGAAAGGAUACACACCUUCUGUUUUGCACCACGGGCAUUUUGUUGAGGAGGCUGCUGGUUGAUAGAAACUUGAAAGGUGUAACUCACGUGAUCGUGGAUGAGAUUCAUGAACGUGGAAUGAACGAAGAUUUUCUGCUCAUUGUCCUCAAAGAUCUGCUUCCUCGUCGUACAGAAUUGAAGUUGAUUUUGAUGAGUGCAACAUUGGAUGCAGAACUCUUUUCAUCCUAUUUUGGUGGGGCACCGAUAGUUCGCAUUCCGGGGUUUACCUACCCUGUUCAAACGUACUUUCUGGAGGAUAUACUGGAAAUGUCAGGCUACAAAUUGACCCCUUACAACCAAAUAGAUGAUUAUGGUCAAGAGAAAAUGUGGAAAAUGGGCAAGCAAGCUCCAAGAAAAAGAAAGAGUCAGAUUGCUUCUGCAGUUGAGGAUGCACUUGGAGCAGCAGAUUUUGAGGAUUAUAGCCCCCAGACAAGAGAGUCUCUGUCAUGUUGGAAUCCUGACUGUAUUGGUUUUAACCUAAUAGAAUAUAUCCUAUGCCACAUUUGUGAGAAUGAAAGGCCUGGUGCUGUUCUAGUUUUCAUGACUGGAUGGGAUGACAUUAGUUCUCUGAAGGACAAACUUCAAACUCAUCCAGUAUUGGGAGACCCAACUCGAGUUUUGUUGCUUGCAUGCCAUGGUUCUAUGGCCACUUCAGAGCAGAGGUUAAUAUUUGAUGAGCCAGCGGAUGGAGUGAGGAAAAUAGUUCUAGCAACUAAUAUUGCUGAGACUAGUAUAACCAUCAACGAUGUGGUCUUUGUACUUGACUGUGGAAAGGCAAAAGAGACGUCCUAUGAUGCCCUCAAUAACACUCCUUGUUUGCUUCCUUCGUGGAUUUCCAAGGUUUCUGCUCAACAGCGAAGAGGAAGAGCUGGCCGUGUUCAACCUGGAGAAUGCUACCAUCUUUAUCCCAGAUGUGUAUAUGAUGCUUUUGCAGAAUACCAAUUGCCAGAAAUUUUAAGGACACCUUUGCAAUCCCUUUGCUUACAGAUAAAAAGUUUAAAACUUGGUAGUAUAUCCGAGUUUCUGUCUAGGGCUCUGCAAUCACCUGAAUUACUUGCAGUCCAAAAUGCUAUUGACUAUUUGAAAAUUAUUGGGGCGCUAGAUGAGAAUGAGAACUUGACUCUUUUAGGGCGGUACUUGAGUAUGCUCCCGGUGGAGCCCAAACUUGGGAAGAUGCUGAUAUUAGGUGCCAUCCUAAAUUGUCUAGAUCCAAUAUUGACUAUUGUUGCUGGCCUUAGUGUUAGAGACCCUUUCUUAACACCAUUCGAUAAGAAGGAUUUAGCAGAAGCGGCAAAAUCUCAGUUCUCACGUGAUUAUAGCGACCAUCUUGCACUUGUUCGGGCCUAUGAGGGCUGGAAGGAUGCUGAAAUCAACUUCGGUGGAUAUGAUUACUGCUGGAAAAAUUUCCUAUCAGUACAAUCAAUGAAAGCUAUUGAUGCCCUUCGUAAAGAUUUCUUCUCAUUGCUCAGAGACACUGGUCUUCCUGAUGGACACACGUCCACAAGCACUGCAUGGAACCGUGAUGAGCAUCUAAUCCGAGCAAUUAUUUGCUAUGGGCUGUAUCCUGGUAUUUGCUCUGUUGUGAAUAAUGAGAAAUCGUCUUCACUAAAGACUAUGGAAGAUGGCCAGGUGCUUCUAUAUUCGAACUCUGUAAAUGCUCGUGAAUCCCAAAUCCCAUAUCCGUGGCUAGCCUUUAAUGAGAAGAUAAAAGUUAAAUCAGUUUUCCUCCGGGAUUCCACGGCUGUAUCUGAUUCAAUGGUUCUGUUGUUUGGAGGCAGCAUUGUUAGAGGAGAUAUGGAUGGGCACCUAAAAAUGCUUGGAGGCUACCUGGAAUUCUUCAUGAACCUUUCUGUGGUGGAAAUGUAUGAGACCAUAAAGAGAUUACUGGAUGAGCUCAUUCAGGAUAAACUGGCGAACCCUAGGAUGGAUAUAAAGGGUCACCAUGAGCUCUUUUCUGCAGUACGACUACUGCUUGCGGAGGACAAAUCCUAUGGUAGGUUCAUUUUUGGCCGUCAGGCCUUAAUCCCUGCCAAGGUAUCGGUUGCAUCGACAACACAGCCCAACCUGGCUACUUCGCGGACUGAGAGUGGCCCUGGGGGGGACAACUCAAAGAGCCAGCUGCAGACGCUAGUGACUCGGGCUGGGUACGCUGCCCCGACCUACAAGACGAAGCAGCUGAGGAAUGGACAGUUCAGGGCCACAGUGGAGUUCAACGGGAUGCAAAUAAUGGGGCAGGCCUGCAACAACAAGAAGAGUGCCGAGAAGGACGCGGCUGCUGAGGCCCUUCAGUGGCUCAUGGGAGGAAACCAGCCUGGGCAAGGGUACAUCAACCAAAUGUCGAUGCUGCUGAAGAAGAGCAAGAAGGAUCACCAUUGACGAUGGUAAGAUUCGACGAUGAGUCCAGGUAAGCCUUUAGGCAGCAGCCUUUUCUAUAGAUGGCGACGAGAAGCUAGGAUCUUGAAAUAUAUGUGGUGUUGGAUUGUUGAUGGUCCUGAUAAGCAGUUUGAAUCUCGUGGAUGGGUUAGUAUUUCAGCAGGCAGAGGAGAAUCGUUUUUGCGAGAUUGCGAUAAAAGUCGGUUCAGUUACUGUGGUCAUAGCUUGUAGAACCACGAGAAUGUCAGAAUUUGGAGAUCAGAGAGGGGGUCCUCGGCUUUUGCGAGUAAGCAGUGUAAGAAUGGUCGUAUGUACUAGGAGAGGGGGAGGAGUUCCACUGAUCCGAACGGUCGCUCACUCAGAUAUCGGAUUUGAAGUGAAAUCGACCCUUAGAUAGGAUCUAGGGUCUCUGGUAUUUCAUUUUGACGUCUUUGUACAGGGAGAAGGCCAAAGUUAGCUUCUUCACUGGGUAUUCUUUUCUUAUGAUGAUAUCACAAUCCCAAUGCUCCGAUGCUUCAUGUUGUCUCCACUCUUCUCGUCGACACGACCCUGUACUGAAUGCUCAUGUUUAUGAAAUCUAUCAUCUAUGAAACUCUACUGAAUCCUCAUUUUUUUGAAAUUUAUCACCUACAAAACAAGCGGGAACUUGUGGAUCAGA